GUUCUUAAAGGACAACAUGUCGCUGACACAUUACAACGUGGGAGCAAGAGAAAUCCUUACACUGUCUUUGAGAGAACGUGGUACGAUACGAGGAUGCUGCUUCGCUUGUUUUCCACGGGCUCAUCAUUGUCGAAGAAAAUGUUCGGUUCUACGCUGAUGCUGUCAACUCUAGAGACCAGGACUCCUUGUCUCGCUGUCUCGGCUAAGUUUGUUUCCAAACACGGGUUAGAGUAGAGUAUGAGAAGAGGAUUAUAAAUAAUAUCGUCCAUAAUGCUAAUAGUUUAAGUUUUUGAAAUGCUCACUGCUCAUAUCAUGUUUUUGAUAGAGUUCCUCUAAAAGUAUACAUUUAGACUUCGUGACGGAUCACGGGCGAGGAGCUUGAUAUUAUCAACGUCACACUCUCACAUUACAGUCACAGGCGCGUAAUGGGAGAUCAUUCUUCAAGGGAUUGAUCACAAGUAGAGAGAUUAACAAUCCUUGGUUUUACUUUUCAAAGCCAACUCAUAGAAUGUUUGCAUUUUUUCACUAAUUUGAUUGAUGCGUAUACGGACCUAUUAAUGGCUCUCCAAUAUUUUGCAGCUGAAUUGGAACAGAUCUUGAGGAACCGUGGCUAUGAUUUCUGAAUUCCUUGCUCAUAAUCAUAACACUUUGCAUAAGCUUUCUAGAUUCGGUUGUUCGGUUAUAAAACAACAAAAUUGGUAUAAGUUCUCUGUUUUGCAUGUUCGUGCUUUUUGUUUUUUGCCUUUUUCCUCCUUAGCAAACCUCUUUGUUCUUUAACAAGGGAAUAAUCGAUUGACGCUGGCCUUAAAAGCAAGUAAAACCAAAAGAGUUUUUAGUACCUUAUCAUGAAAAUUUAGAUGGUUGUAAUGUAACGCAACAAAUGAUCUAUUUAUUCUUAAAUUUGUGGUUGUUCACGAAA